GCUUUUGAGAACUCAGUAGGUAGACGUCAUCCCAGGGCAAAGUACAAAGAGCCAGGUUUCCUUGCCAGACAUUAUCCCACAGAAACCCGCAGCUCCUCUGUGCGCCCUGAAGCCACUGUAGCAGUUUCGCAUGAGGUUGGUCUGUGACCUGAAUUCACCUGGUAAAAUCAGCCUGUGCAAUAUCCUCCCUCCAGCCUCAGCCUGCAGGUAUGUUUAGCCCACCCCAGAAGCUAUACAGUCUAAGGGAGUUGUGCCUGCAGUGGGGGAAGAGCAGCGCCCCUGGCCUCUGGCGACCUGCAAGAGAGAAGCACAGCAGUCUCGGACUCCCUGGCACAGCCAUGAUGAAGACAAACACCAUGACUUCAAAGCAGAUUUAAAAGGACAAAGGUAGAAAAACAACCCAAGGCAGCCGUCACUCCUAACCGUGGCAUAAGUGUGUUUUCUGCAGAGCCAAGUCCGUGGGAAACACUGACAGGGCAUCUCCACUCUGGGUCGUCAGUGGUGCUGCAUAGGACUGGACGCGGGAACCCUUAGCGCAUCUUGGGGUGCUGGAAAGCCGGUGCCAAAGCGGAACGCAGCAGCUCUCUCUCUCUAAUAGCACCACACCAGUACUCUGUGAUGAGUAAGCCAGUCAAGCCCUGAGAAGCACUGAGCAGACCUUGGGACUGAAAAGCAUGCUAUAAAGAUUAAUGUCACUGCUAUUAGCACUCUCAGCGCCUGCCUUCUAAGACACUGCAUGCUGCGUCCCCACUUCAGUCCUGGCAGGAGGUGACUGGGUCUCAUUGGUGACAAGUUAGAGCAUAUGACCAUGAUGAGCUCCACUGAAGUUUGGGCUUUGAACUGAAUUGUUUGCUUCUCUUCUUGUCAACUUACAGAAAUGAGCUGCUGAAGAGGGAGCUCAAUGGCCACAGGUCAAGGUAUAUUGAUUGAAUUACCAUCAAUACGCAGCCUUGGUUAAGAAGGUCAGAAUUCACCUCCGCUUGCUCCUCCUCCUACAAUGUAUAACCAGGCAGAGCUGAGGACAGCUACUCAUCCACAUUCGGAACAGGACCUGGAUUGAGACAACAACUCCGCACGCAACAUGUCAGAAGACAAGAUCACCGGAACCUUGGCUUUCACUGUCUUCACUGCAGUGCUGGGUUCCUUCCAGUUCGGAUAUGACAUCGGUGUGAUCAAUGCACCUCAAGAGGUAAUAAUAUCCCAUUAUCGACAUGUUUUGGGUGUUCCUCUGGAUGACCGAAGAGCUACCAUUAACUAUGACAUCAAUGGCACAGACACCCCACUCAUAGUCACACCAGCACAUACGACACCAGACGCCUGGGAAGAAGAGACUGAAGGAUCUGCUCACAUAGUCACUAUGCUCUGGUCUCUGUCUGUGUCCAGCUUUGCAGUAGGCGGAAUGGUCGCCUCGUUCUUUGGUGGGUGGCUUGGGGACAAACUCGGAAGGAUCAAAGCCAUGUUGGCUGCAAACAGCCUCUCGUUGACUGGAGCCCUCUUGAUGGGGUGUUCCAAAUUUGGACCGGCACAUGCUCUCAUCAUUGCUGGAAGAAGCGUAUCAGGACUGUACUGUGGGCUAAUUUCAGGACUGGUUCCAAUGUACAUUGGCGAGAUUGCUCCAACCACACUCAGGGGUGCCCUGGGCACUCUUCACCAACUGGCUCUUGUCACAGGCAUUCUUAUUAGUCAGAUUGCUGGCCUCAGCUUCAUUCUGGGCAAUCAGGAUUACUGGCACAUCCUACUUGGCCUAUCUGCUGUACCAGCUCUCCUGCAGUGUCUGCUACUGCUCUUCUGUCCAGAAAGCCCCAGAUACCUUUACCUAAAGUUGGAAGAGGAAGUCAGGGCAAAGAAAAGCUUGAAAAGACUAAGGGGCACUGAGGACGUCACCAAAGAUAUUAAUGAGAUGAGGAAAGAAAAGGAAGAGGCGUCGACUGAGCAGAAGGUCUCCGUGAUCCAGCUCUUCACGGAUCCGAAUUAUCGGCAGCCCAUUGUGGUGGCACUGAUGCUACACUUGGCUCAGCAGUUCUCUGGAAUCAAUGGGAUAUUUUACUAUUCAACCAGCAUUUUUCAGACAGCUGGCAUCAGCCAGCCUGUGUAUGCAACCAUCGGCGUUGGUGCCAUCAACAUGAUCUUCACGGCUGUCUCUGUGCUGCUUGUGGAGAAAGCGGGGCGGCGGACCCUGUUCCUGGCCGGGAUGAUUGGCAUGUUUUUCUGUGCCGUCUUCAUGUCGCUGGGACUGGUGUUGCUGGAUAAGUUCACCUGGAUGAGUUAUGUGAGCAUGACGGCCAUCUUCCUCUUCGUCAGUUUCUUUGAGAUUGGGCCAGGUCCAAUCCCUUGGUUCAUGGUUGCUGAAUUUUUCAGCCAAGGACCCCGUCCCACGGCUCUGGCACUGGCUGCCUUCAGCAACUGGGUCUGCAAUUUCAUCAUCGCCCUCUGCUUCCAGUACAUUGCGGACUUCCUCGGGCCUUACGUGUUCUUCCUUUUUGCUGGGGUGGUCCUGAUCUUCACCCUGUUCACAUUUUUUAAAGUUCCAGAAACCAAAGGAAAGUCUUUUGACGAAAUUGCUGCAGAAUUCCGGAAGAAGAGUGGUUCGGCCCCACCACGCAAAGCCGCUGUACAAAUGGAAUUCCUGGGGUCUUCAGAGACUGUGUGAGGAUGAGCUGCCUAAAAUCCAGGAACAGACCAGAAGGGAACCAUGCGCUCCCUCUUAACUCGAAUCCUUCAUGAGUGUAGGACUACACCCAGGAGGAUCAUUUAUUCCUUUUGAAGAAUUUGUACAGACUCCGAUUAGAAACGUCAACAUAUAUCAUUACCAAAGAAAGUAUUUUUUUAACUUAGAGAAUCUAUUUUGGAUGGUAAAACUCUUCAGUAAACCAGAGGCUGCUCUGCUUCUCUACAGGGAAAGCACGUUAUAAGCUUCCUCGCCUGGUUCUACUGAAAUUGGAGAGCUUUCAACAUAUCACUGCUCUUAAAAGCACGUGACUAAGAAAUCUGAAGCUACAACUGAUAUCUAUAUAUUUAAAUAUAAUUCCAUUGGAAUUUUCUUAGCCACAGAUCUGAUGCUGAAGGACCUAUGGCUGGCAAGGCUCACACUCAAACUGACGUCUCUGUUACCCACCUCGGUUUCUCUCACAUGUACUAGACUUUGUGUUUUGUUUUAAACUAUUUUUCUGCAUUUUUAUAGAGAACUCCUGAGUAUGUUAAGCUAUAUUUGUAAUGAAAAGCCUCUUCUCUAUAGCUACCAAAAUCUUCAUGUAGUGAGAGAAAACGUUUCAGUUUCUUUGAUGUAUAUUGUAAGGUUAAACGCUCGAGUUUUUCCUAGCCAUUGAGUCUAGAUUAUCAGUUAAUAUUAGCAUCUAAACCAUGUUAGUUACUCUCCAUUUCAGUCCUUUGUAUUGUACUUUUACUUGUUUUUUUUUUUAAUUGCCCAUGGCACACACUUAAAACCAUCAGGAGUCAGGCAUUUUGCAUAUUGCCUCCAAAAUCUAAUAAACUGGACCAAUCACAGGGAAAUCUGAAA